AUGUCGGACGGCACCAUUCUGAAGGCCGACAAGGACUUCACCAAGGAAGUCGAUGCGCUUCUUCCAGACGCUGAGAAGCUUGCUAAGGCGGCAAUCGAGAAGCUGCUCAGUCUCGAGAAGCAAACCCGUCAAGCUUCCGAUCUUCCCUCCACCAAUCGCCUCUUGAUCGCCAUCGUAACCAUCUCCAAGGACUCCGGCGACUGGAGUUUACUCAACGAGCAGGUGCUCUUGACCAGCAAGAAGCAUGGACAGCUCAAGCAGGCCAUCACCAAGAUGGUCCAGGUCGUCAUGACAUUCCUCGAUAGUGCGCCGAGCAUGGAGGUCAAGUUGAGCGUGAUCGAGACGCUACGGACGGUCACAGAGGGCAAGAUCUUCGUCGAAGUAGAGCGAGCGCGUGUUACCAAGAUACUGUCUGAUAUCAAGCGGUCCCAAGGCGACGUCACCGCGGCCAAGGACAUUCUGUGCGAGUUGCAGGUCGAGACGUUCGGAUCGAUGAGCCGGAGAGAGAAGRCGGAGUUCAUCCUGGAACAAGUUACACUCUGCAUUCAAGAUGGCGAUUGGACACAAGCAGGCAUCCUCGGGCGCAAGAUCAGCACACGCUACUUCAACCGCAAGCCCAAGAAGACCGCCGAGGAGAUUGAGAAGGAACGCAAGGAAAAGGAAGAGCGGGAACGUAUGCGCUCCGAUGGCACAAUUGGUGACGAUGAGCCUGUGGACGACGAUGUCACCGACCUCAAGUUGCGCUUCUACGAGCAGCAAAUCACGCUGGCCAAGCAUGACGACAAGUAUCUCGACGCCUGCAAGCACUACCGGCAAGUGCUAGACACCGAAGCCGUGGAGAACGAUCCUGAGAAGCUACGCGCGGCCCUCCAGCGUGUUGUCUACUUUGUUCUCCUCGCACCUUACGACAACGAGCAGUCAGACCUCCUUCACCGCAUCCAGAAGGACUCUCGCAUUGCCACAUCAUGCCCUGCCGAAGCCGACCUACUCAAGCGCUUCACCAUUCACGAACUGAUGCGUUGGCCGGCGAUUGAGUCCAACUUUGGCGCUCAGCUCUGCGGCACCGAUAUCUUCGACCAGAAGGCCUCAGAUGCAGAUCCCAAGGCACACACACGGUGGUUGGACUUCCGCAAGCGCGUGAUCGAGCACAACGUCCGCGUCAUUGCCAAGUACUACACCCGUAUUCACUUCGACCGCCUCACAACACUCCUCGAUCUGCCGGCUGGCGAGACGGAGAAGUACAUCUCGGAUCUGGUGACCAGCAAGACAAUCUUCGCCCGCAUCGAUCGACCACUGAAAAUCGUGACUUUCGAGAAGAAGAGAGAUGCGGACGAGAUUCUAAAUGAGUGGAGCGCGAAUACGAAAACUCUCCUGGAGCUUUUGGAGAGGAUUGACCAUCUGAUUACCAAGGAGGAAAUGAUGGCGAGGAUUAAGCCGUCGGGCAAAUCCAGUGCCAAGGCCUAG